AUGAUAUCAUUUGAUAUUGCUGUUAUAGGAGGAGGUGUAGUAGGAGGAAUGUUAACAAGAACGUUAUCAGCAAGAUAUCCUAAUCAUAAAAUUGGACUCUUUGAAAAGGAAUCAGGUUUAGGAUUGCACACAUCAACUAGAAAUAGUGCUGUUUUGCAUGCUGGAUUCUAUUAUGCAUCAAACACUGUUAAAGCAUCAUUAUGUAGAGAAGGAAACAAGACCUUAACUUAAUAUUGCUUAGAUCAUAAAGUAAAUCUCAGGAAGACAGGAAAAUUCUUGGUAGCCAGGAAUUCAGUUGAGAAUGAGAGAUUAGCCUAAAUUAAGAAGCAAGGCGAUAUUAAUGGUGUGGAAUUGGAGCUUAUGGAAGUAGACAGGGCAUUAAAGAUAGAAAAGUAUCUUAAAGUUAAUGAUAAAAACUUUUAAUUCUUAUAUUCACCAACUACAAGUGUUGCUGAUAAUAAAGGGUUAAUGAAGAGUAUUCAUGAAGAUCUUAAAUAGUGUAAGAAUGUCCAAGUAUUUACAAAUCAUAAAUAUACUGAUUUAAUUGAAAAUAAAGAUUAAUAAACAUUAUUUAAUGUGUUAAAAAUGCCGAAUGAAAAAUAAUUAGUUUCAGCCAAAUACUUUAUAAAUGCAGGUGGAUUAUAUGCUGACGUAAUUGCUAAACAAUUUAAUUUUUGUAACAAAUAUGUUAUUUGGCCAUUUAAAGGGAGCUAUCUUAUAAACAAUAGGCCUAUUCCAGAAGCAAAUGCUAUUAUUUAUCCUGUUCCACCCUUAGCUGGGAACUACUUUUUAGGAAUUCAUACAACGUUAACUACUGAUGGUCAUUUAAAAAUUGGCCCUUCUAUCUUCCCUGCAUUAUGGAGAGAAUAAUAUAAUUGGAAAGAUAAUUUUGUUUUUUCAGAGUUUUCACAAAUUUUGAGUUUGAAUGUUUAAAAUGUAUUAUCCAAAGAUAUGAAAUUCUAUGCUUAGAGCCUCUUAAAUGAAUUAAAGAAGAUCAACAAAACUUAUAUGAUUAAAGAAGCCAAAAAGCUCACCACUUAACUUGAUCAAAUUCCAGAAAAUCAAUUGCAUGAAUACUUUGACAGGGGUAAACCAGGAAUCAGAUCAUAGUUGUUUGAUACCGAAUAAAGAAAAAUGGAAUAAGAUUUUAUUUUUGAACAUGACAAGAAUUCUUUUCACUUAUUGAAUGUAGCAUCCCCUGGGUGGACAUGCUCAAUACCAAUGUCAGAAUAUAUAUGUGAUAUUAUUUCUAAAAAUAAUUAUAUUUGAAUGUUUAGCACAUCGAUAAAA